CAAAAAAAAAUUAAACAAAACAGAAGAGGUGUAAAGUGAAGUGGCCGUAAAAUCAUAUUUCGGUUGAAAUUAAAUUUAUUCGGUGCAUUGUGAACGAUAAACAAUAAAAAAGGCGACGAAAUGAAUUAGUUUUGUUAAAUAGAAACAAAUUCUACUCUUUCGGACACCAACGUAAUCGGUUUCGCAAAGCAAAAUAGAAGAUUAGCAGAUUUGUUAACGAUUUGUUGUCUGCGGCUUAAAAUUAAAAAAAAGACGAGACGCCAUCUUAAUUUUGAUGAAAUUAAUGAAAAAUUGAUACAUUAAUUGUGCAUUCAAACUCGAAUCAUUGAAUAUUGAUAUUAGCGUGUUCAAAUAUCAAAUCAAAUUAAAAUUGUGUAUUGAUCGGAGGAUUUUACGAUUGUUUGACAUUCGGUGUGUAGUGAAUUUUUCUGUGGAAAUUUUACGAACAAAGUUUUUUUGUUUGUCGGUCAAAUAACAUUUCUAUAUGUUUCGCUACUACUGCUCGUCUUGAACAGUUGCGGAUGGAGAAAACUUGUAUCCCAAGGGAUGAAUGAGCUGCGCAACUUUAGAGGUGGAGCCAAUCGGUUCCAACAAAUUGAUGUUCAGUUUAAUUAACAUUUAGAAAAAAAAUCCACAUCCCUGAAAUUUUUUUGUUCAAAAAUUUAUGAGGUAAUGCUCCGUAUUCUUUCACCGAAAUGGAAAGAGUUAGUGAACAGCUUACCAGCACAAUUUGCAUUACUGCUGUGGACGAUCAUAUUCCAGUUCAAGGUGCUGCGGUUAAAAUGGAACUACAACCCGCAUUGGAUCCUCGAAAGCAGGAACUACUUGAAGCGAGAUGUAUCGGUGUUCGGAUGUCCGCCGGAACUCAACUUCAACUGCAGAUGGCACCUCAGACAACUGUAGUUCAAGGUGGCCAACAGACAACAGUACAUAACCAGGACUCGAAUAUGAGCACUGGAUCCUCCCACAGUGAUAAGGAGGUAGAGUCUGCUGGAACGCCAGAUAAACUUCCCCGUACACCAUCCGAACCAAGAUCCGGAAAACGGAAACGAAAAGUAGAUGACAGUAGUGGGCCUGGCGGAGGAACACCGGGACCGGGAACUGGAAAUGGUGGCAGUGGCAUACCACACAUUGUUCAAAAUAACAAAGGACCUAGAGUAACAAUACCAUCGAAUGAUGGCAAGAAAAUACAAAUUAACGAUUACUUUAAACAUACACCGAGUACUCCAAUACGACAACAUAGCACUACAACUGGUGCCAAAUCACCUAGUUCACAACAUGGAUUUCCUAUGUUUCCACCUAGUCCUCAGCCACCAUUGGCAGUCAACCCAGAAUUCUUUAAGAAUCGAAACACUUCCAAUAUUGUUCCUUCACCCAUUCAAACGAUGCCACCGUGUCAGCCCCCACCACUACCGCCACAACCAGCUCCGGUUAAAGUGUCUGCAUCAACGCAGACCGACUUAUCAUACCUAGAAAUACAAGAACGUGAUUCAGAAUAUGAGUUGAGUAAAACGAAAGUGGACGAACUGUCUCGGUCGUCGGAAGAACAAAAAGGACAAAUCAGUGCUCAUCAAAAAGUGAUCGAACAGCAUAAAAAUCAUAUUAAUAAGUGUAUAGAUGUAGUUAAAAAAUUGCUGAAAGAGAAAAGCAAUAUAGAAAAGAAGGAGGCGAGACAAAAGUGUAUGCAAAAUAGGUUAAGAUUAGGGCAAUUUGUAACACAACGUGUUGGUGCAACGUUCCAAGAGAACUGGACGGAUGGCUAUGCGUUUCAAGAGUUGACGCGACGACAAGAAGAAAUUUCGGCUGAGCGUGAAGAGAUCGAUCGCCAAAAGAAACUUUUGAUGAAAAAGCGACCGUCGAAUGCGGAAACUGGACGCAAACGAAACAACUUGACUGGAGGAACUCAGAGCGGUUCGUCCACAUCUAAUUUACAUAAUGGCAGUGACGCAACGUUUUUGAAGCCGGAUCCAGUAUCCGGCGGCUAUACGAUGCAAGAAUAUUACGAGUGUGACGAGAUCCUUAAAUUACGGCAAAAUGCGCUUAAAAAGGAAGAUGCUGAUUUACAGUUAGAAACGGAAAAGUUGGAACGGGAGCGAAAUCUACACAUUAGAGAAUUGAAACGAAUUCAUAAUGAAGAUCAAUCCCGAUUCAACAACCAUCCGGUUCUGAACGAACGGUAUCUAUUGCUUAUGUUGUUAGGUAAAGGUGGAUUUUCCGAAGUUCACAAAGCGUUUGACUUAAAAGAACAACGAUAUGUGGCAUGCAAGGUUCAUCAGCUCAAUAAAGAUUGGAAAGAGGAUAAGAAAGCCAACUACAUUAAGCAUGCCCUCCGAGAAUACAACAUCCAUAAAGCACUGGAUCAUCCCCGAGUGGUCAAACUUUAUGAUGUCUUCGAAAUAGACGCAAACUCAUUUUGCACAGUUCUAGAAUAUUGUGAUGGACAUGAUUUAGAUUUCUAUUUAAAGCAGCACAAGACAAUACCGGAACGGGAGGCUAGAUCCAUAAUAAUGCAAGUCGUGUCGGCGCUUAAAUAUCUCAACGAAAUCAAACCACCAGUCAUACAUUACGAUCUAAAGCCGGGCAAUCUUUUGCUAACUGAAGGCAAUGUAUGCGGCGAAAUUAAAAUCACAGAUUUCGGUCUGUCGAAAGUGAUGGACGAAGAGAAUUACAAUCCGGAUCAUGGUAUGGAUCUAACGUCACAAGGCGCUGGAACAUAUUGGUACCUACCACCGGAAUGUUUUGUUGUCGGCAAGAAUCCGCCAAAAAUAUCAUCCAAAGUGGAUGUGUGGAGCGUAGGAGUAAUAUUUUAUCAAUGUCUUUAUGGCAAGAAACCAUUUGGACACAAUCAAUCUCAAGCAACAAUUUUAGAAGAGAACACCAUUCUUAAAGCUACUGAAGUUCAAUUUUCAAAUAAGCCAACGGUAUCCAAUGAAGCUAAGAGUUUCAUUCGCGGUUGUUUAGCAUAUCGCAAAGAGGACCGAAUGGAUGUGUUUGCAUUGGCGCGCCAUGAAUAUUUACAGCCGCCAGUACCAAAGAACAGUCGACAAAUCCAACAGCAGCAGCAACAACAGCAGCAACAGUCUAGCAUAUCAUCACAAGGUGGUAGUACACAGCAAGCACAACAAGCCGCAUUUUCGACCGGACUCUUUGGUAACAUGAACCAGUCCAGUUCCUCCUAGCUAUCCUUAUAGCGUUCAAAUUCUUAGACUUAAAUAUUUCCGGUUUUUUAGUGAUAAAAAACAUAAUAAUUUUAGCAUCAUAAGAUUUAGACUUGAGAUAAAGAAGAAGGAGAAGAAGAAGAAGUAAACAAUGAUGGAAUAAUGAACAGGAAAUAAAAAAUAAUAAUGUAGGGGGAAGGGGAACAGGAUAUAAAAAAGAGUAAUAAGAAACGGAAAUAGAAGCAAACAACAAAGAUACACGAAAAAAAAAUGUUUUCGAGUAAAACGAAAGGAUACAGAACAACAAGAAUUCUACUACACAAUUCAUUUGUAUUGUCAACAUAACAGAAAAUUAUACAAAAAACUGAAA